AAUAAGGACGAUAUGAGAAAAGCAAUAUGGGCAACAUUUUAUCACUACAGUUCGACUAACGACAAGCCUCAACAUGAAUUUUGUCCUGAAGGUGCUGAAUCGUGGUGCAAGUGGCAAAAAGCAAAGGCUGCAGGAACACUUCGUGAUUUUACGCAUGACUAUUUGGCAUUACCAACAGAUGUAUUGAAUGCCAUCAGACCUAUAUAUAACGAUCUAAGCACAGACAAGUUGUUGGAGUGCUGUGUUGGUGGUUAUACACAAAAUAACAAUGAGAACUAUAAUCAGUUAAUUUGGAAAAUUGCUCCAAAAACUGAACACAGCGGGGCAAAUAUUGUCGAAAUUGCUGCACUAUUAGCCUCUUGUAUGUUUAACAAUGGAAUGUCGUCACUGCUACAA